AUGUCUUUGAGAUUAACAUCUCGCAUCAAGUUAAACGAUGGGCACCUCAUGCCUAUAUUUGGUUUAGGUUUAUAUCAAGCAGCGGCAUCAUCGAAAACAACGCAGAUCAUUGCUGAUGCUCUUCGUUUAGGCUAUCCGUUGAUUGAUACCGCUGAGUUAUACCAAAAUGAAUCCCAAGUCGGUGAUGCUCUGAAGAAAAAUUUCGAUCGCGAACAAGUAUUCAUUAGCACAAAGCUUUUUCGAACAAACGAUGGCCGCCAAGGUCUUCGUCGAUCGUUUCAAAACUCAUUACAGCAACUAGUGACUGAUUAUAUCGAUCUUUAUCUCAUUCAUGCGCCACAAGGCGGUCACGUACUUGAAGUCUACAGAGAAAUGGUAGCAUUACAAAAGGAAGGAAAGAUUCGUUCGAUCGGAGUAUCCAAUUUUGGUGUACAACACUUAGAAUGGUUGAAGCAGGCUGGCUUUGUUCCCGCAGUUAAUCAAAUCGAACUGCACCCAUGGUGGCCUAAUGAAGAUAUUGUAGAUUACUGUCGAACGAAUAAUAUUGCCAUCAUGGGCUAUUCACCAUUGGGAAAGGGACAUUUUCUCAACGAUCCGUAUUUGAUUAAAUUGAGUGGAAAGUAUGGCAAAACGCCUGCACAAAUACUUAUUCGUUGGUCGAUACAAAACGGUUUUAUUACCAUUCCGAAGACAACAUCUGGCGUCGAAAGACUGAAAGAAAACAUGGACGUAUUCGACUUUGCAUUAUCUAACGAAGAUAUGAAAGGUUUAGCAGAUUAUGGCAGAAAAAAUUUACAAAACACAGGAUGGGAUCCGACAAUGAAUAGUAAAGAAAAAUUCGGACCGAUUUAA